CAAUGUCUCUACUGCUUUUGUUUGGUUUGGUGUUUCUGAGCCACUUCAAUGGUGGAUUCAAUACACCAUUGCCACCUCCAAGCUAUGGAGAUCAUGUAUCCAUUCUAAGCAUAGAUGGUGGUGGCAUAAGAGGAAUUAUUCCAGCAACUGUUCUUGAUUACUUGGACAAGGCUCUUAAGGUUAAGGAUCCAAGAACAUCGUUGGCAGAUUAUUUCGAUGUAAUAUCAGGAACAAGCACUGGUGGACUCAUGACUCUUAUGCUGGCAGCUCCAAACUCAUCUCACUCCCAUCAACCUCUCUUUACUCCAUCGGAAGUCGUACAGUUCUACAAGAAAAAUGGUCCUGAAAUAUUUCGUAGACAACAUUUGAUAACUUGUCCCAAAUACGAUGGAGAGUUCUUAAAACGAAAAACUGUUGAGUUAUUGAGAGAAACACGACUGAAUGAGACAUUGACGAACGUGGUAAUACCAACCUUUGACGAGAAGAAAAUCCAACCAGUUAUAUUCUCAAACUACAAGCUGAAGACAGAAAGUUACUUGAAUGCGAAACUGUCAGAUAUAGGUCUUGGCACUUCGGCUGCACCAACUUAUCUUCCAUCUCACCAAUUUCAGAAUGAUGGUGUUCAAUUUGAUUUGAUUGAUGGUGGUCUGGCCGCUAACAAUCCAGCUCUGGUUGCUGUGAGUGAAGUGAUACAAAACAAUGGGGAAAAGGAAAUUUUGAUGCUGUCAUUAGGAACUGGAAUACCCAAAUCUAAGGAGAAGUUAGGUGGCAUAUUUGAUAUUGGGUGCCAAGCUGCAUGGCUACCUUUUCACAUUGAUGUUAUCAGUGAAGUUGCAUUCAGCACAGACAUGACUCGUUACUAUCUUGCAACAAUCUUCCCUGGCCUCUUACCUGCCAAAAACUAUCUUCGAAUUGAGGAGUAUAACCUCCCUCCAUCCUUGCAAGCAUUGGAUAAUACUGACAAAAAGAACAUGGAUAACCUUGAAAAGAUGGGAAAGGGUCUGUUGACCCAAAAAGUCAAGAGGAUGAAUGUGAAUACAUUUCAACCAUUUGAACUAGACCACACAAAUGCUCAAGCUCUUGACAGGUUGGCUGAGAAAGUAUUUGCAGAGAGGCAGUUGCGUCUGAAAAGGAAAUCUAUGGAAAAAGGAGGAAGACCUUUGGUUGAAACUGUUCAAGUUCUUUCUGAUUGAAGAAGUGAGUAUUAUGAAUAAAUGUUAUGUGUGUGAUAUUAUAUUAUGUUGUGUACGUUUGUUGUAAUAUAUGUGUGAUGUGUGGGAUAAGGUUGAAUGCUUUGGGGUUCUAUGUAACUCCCAUUUGCAGGAACCGUGGAUCAUGUAAUAAGGUUGAAUGUUUUUGAGUUGUAUGUAACUUGAUUGCUAGGACCAUGUAUUAUAAAAAGUGAUCCUUUGUUUGGUGUUUU